AUGGAAGUGUCACAUCGCAAGCCCACUGUGGCGCCAACACGCCAGCCAAGGACCCACUCGGACCCAUUUGCCAGGGAGACCACAGAUGGAAGGAAGACCCAGGCCCAAAUCCGGCUGACUAGGACGAUGCUCAGGAACCGACGGGCCGCACUGCAGGAGCUCAGCAACCAGGAGCACUUCCUGUCCAAGCUGAAUGAGGAGCUGAUGAGGACCAUCCAGGACAUGGAGGACAGCACGGCGCUGAGUGUGCGGGAGAUGCUGCAUCAGCAGGACACGCUCGCGGGCGUUGUCAACAUCCUGGAGUACUCCAACCAGAGGAGGCUGCAGCAGCUCAAGGCUGAGUUUCAGGAAUGGCAAGACCAGGAAAAGCAAAAGAUCAGCUGCCUGGAGCAGCAGGUGCGACAUCUGGAUGCACAAAACUGGAAGAUCCAAGACCAGGUGCACUUCCUGAGCACAUACACGGACCACGAGUAUCCCGUCAAGCUGGUGCAGAUCGCCGCCCUCGGGCGCCAGGUGCAGCAAGCCAAGGAACGCCAGCAGGACGAGUUGAAUGACUUCAGCAAGAUGCGCAGGCAGAUCCUGACCUCUGUGUGGGCCAAGAUCCGAGAGAAGCACCAAAGGUCUCUGAGGUUGCUGGUGGCGAAAACCCAACGUCCCCACGAAGAGGAGCUGUUGCGGAAGAUGCUGGAGAACAGGUUCAUGCAGAAGUGCUCCAGCAGGUUCCAAGAGUUUAUCGCAGAGUUCAAGAGACAGAUACCUGCUCUGAGGACCGAGGUGAGGGCGUUGCAGGCCGAGAUGUGGAACCCCCGGGAGAUCGUAUUUGAGGACAUUCUGCUCCGGAGACCCAAGUGUACCCCAGACAUGGACAUCAUCAUCAACAUCCCCGUGGAGGAGCUGCCGUUCUAGACCUCAGCCUCGCCCCGCACC